AUGCCCUCCUCCUCCUCCACCAUCCACCUGCCAGACGGCCAGACAUUCACCGUCCAGCCCGUCUUCGCCGGCCUCUUCUUCAAGAGCCACGAGCUCAACAAGAACCACCAGUCCCCCUUCCCAAUCGGAUGGACCAUUGUCAUCCACACCGAGGACGAUGGCAGGCCCACUGACGACGACGACGCAAUGGUGGUUGACCGAGCUGCUGGCAAGCAUGAGAACGGCGUCGCCCGUCGAUCCCACAUCCAUUCCUUCACCAGGCCCACCCUACAGAACGACAGCCUUUACAUCUCCUCUAUAUCGAACCCCUCUUCCGCCGACUUCAAGCCUGCUGCCUCGCCCACCCGCCAGAUCGCAAUGAUCCUAUGGAUCACCCUCUACUGGUACUUCCACCAGCCAGCCCCGUCCAAGACCCUCCCUCCUGACGAGCACUCCAAGUACACCGCUCCAGAGGGCAGACCUCGGGGAGACUGGCGCAUAAAUAUAAAAAGAGACGGAGUAUUGAGGGGACGCAAUCUGAUCCCCAAGCUGGAGAGGAUGGGCCUGAUCGCCACUCUGGACUCGGCGGUCGGAUCAUCCAUGGACGACACCAGCUUGGAGUGGGCCAACAUGUUUGUGUCGCAGAAGAUGUUCUGGCAGAUCCCCGGCCGCCUGUUCCUCUUCACCCUCCAGCCCGCCAGCAAACCCACAAGCUCCCACCCCGGCUCGCCGAUCUCCUCCAGGCCGACCAGCCCCGUCUGGAACGACAGCACCUCGAGCCCACAGCAGCCCAAAUCACCCACCUUCCACCUGAAUGCCGAUCUCCCAGGUGCGCCACCACCACAGACACUCGUCACGGUCCCCAGCUUCCCCAUUGGGCCAUUCUUCUCCUCCUCCCACCUGCCGACCUACUAUCCUCCGGGGCCCCUCAACUAUACCUUUAGCAACAACAUCCGUCACCCCGUGCGCCCUAAGCCUCCACGCAUGGGCGAGGUCUUUUACACACGCUUUGUUCCAAGCGUCGGGAAGUACCUCUCCUUUCGCGUCGCAUCGUCUUCUCCGAAGCCGGUUCCAUACCUCGGGCCUGUCUCCUCAACGCCUACAGAGGCACACCACCUCACGACCCUCUGCGACAUCGUCCUGGUACAAAUGUGGUUGUCGAACCCGCGAGUCUCAAAGUUUUGGGGCGGAUAUGUGCCGAAUUUCUUAACCAAUGCCUUGGCCAGCCGACACAGUUUCCCGGCCAUCGGGAUGUGGGAUGGAGUGCCUUUCGGCUAUUUCGAGAUCUACUGGGUGAAAGAGGACGUGCUGGGCCGGCAUAUCGAAGUCGAUGACUGGGACCGAGGGCUGCAUCUUUUCAUCGGGGAGGAAUGGGCCCGUGGCAUCGUCCAGACAUGGCUGAGCGCCUUGGUACACUGGGUAUUCUGCGCCGACUACAGGACCAUGAGCGUGUGCAUUGAGCCGAGAGUUGAUAACGAGAGGUUCAUAAAACACCUCCAGACAGGUGGCUUCAUCAAGGAGAAGGAAAUCACGUUCCCCCACAAGCAGUCGUGGUUCGGGCGGUUGAGGAGGGAAAAUUGGGAUGGACCUGCGCUAUGA